AUGCCCUGCUCAACAUUUCGCGACCAAUCUGUGCUGCCCGCGCAGACAGUCAGAGCUAAGGCACCGCCGGCAUUACCCGCAUUAAAGUUGCCUACGUUCAGUGGUGGUUACACAGAAUGGGCCGACUUUUAUUCUAUGUUCACAACCGUCAUAGAAAAUCAUCCGGAUUUAGCAGAUAUCGAAAAGCUGCAGCAUCUUCGAUCGUGCCUGAAGGAUUCAACGCUGGAGGCAAUUCGAUCAUUGGAAAUAACAAACGAUAAUAAAGCCAUAGCACUUAAUUUAUUGGAGAAAAGGUUUAACAAUAGACGUUUGUUUUUUCAGGUUGAGAUAUUGGGGCUCAAGAGGGUAGCAGGUGGAUCGGCCGUGGCGCUAAGGGAGUUGUCCGACCAAUUCAACGCACACAUUCGCGCAUUAAAGACCAUGGGCAACACCGAACAGAUCGCUGGAUGCAUAAUUGUGCAGAUUAUCCUACAAAAGCUGGACCCAACAUCACAAGCCAA